GUAAUGCUGAUUAUGUCAGAGGCAAAUCUUUUCCUUGUCACGAUCAUUGAGAAUGAUGUCUUUGUUAAGCUUCGUUUGUUGUGACAUUAAAGUGAACAUUUUAUUUGUAAUCUCUAAAUAACUACAUAAUGAACACGUAUUUUUAGAACUGGCGAUGUCUUCAAUGCUAAAAUAAUCUUAUUCUAUUUCGAUUGUAACAGUUCAGCGCAGAAGCUAUCUAUUUUAAGAGAGUGUAUACAGAUCAUUCACUAAUGAAAGUUGCGUACAAGAAUGAAAUUGUGAAGAUUAUUAUAAUUUGCUUAGCGAAUGAUAGUGCAAACCUUUUCAUACUUUGGUGGUUUAACGGCAGUUUCAUAGAGUUUGUGAAGAUGAAGGUAGUGCCGAGUUUUGUGGAAUUAUUUGCUGCUAAAGGGUUUUUGUUGAUAUUGUUGACUUUAACAACGGGAUAUAUUUUGAACUGCAAUGGCGCUGUCGUCGUGCGGCUGGAUGAAGAAACAUCCAUCAACGAACGUCCUAUCAUAGGAGUCCUGUCGCAGGAGCAAUCGUUUUAUUUGCAUGGAAAAUAUCCUGAAGAAAACUACACCAGUUAUAUUGCGGCUUCAUAUGUCAAGGAUAUAGAAGCGUCAGGUGCACGAGUAGUUCCUAUCUUAAUAGGAAAAGAUCGACAAUAUUACAGAGAUAUUAUGAGUAAAUUGAAUGGAGUUCUCUUUCCCGGAGGCGCGACUUAUUUCAAUCAAUCCGAUGGUUACGCUGACGCCGGUCAGCAUAUUUACGAAAUAGCUAUAGAAUUAAAUGAUGCAGGCGAUUAUUUCCCCAUAUUUGGCACUUGUCUGGGAUUUGAACUACUUAUUAUCAUUGCUUCUGGUCGUGGCGAGAAAGAAAAUAGGAUUAGAUGUUACUCUUAUAGCAAUUUGCCGUUACAUUUUACAGAAGAUUUUCGUAGUAGUAAAAUGUUUAAAGACGCCCCUGAGAACGUUGUUGAUAUACUGGCAAAUGAAGAUGUAACCGUCAAUGCUCAUCAAUUUUGUAUUGUCGAUAAGAACAUGGAAUCUUAUGAUCUGGUGAAGGAUUGGCGGGUAUCCUCGUACAGCGAUGACGAUUACGGUGUUCAAUUUAUUGCGACAGUUGAACAUAGAAGGUAUCCAUUCUACGGUGUUCAGUUCCAUCCAGAGAAGAACUCCUUCGAAUGGAAAUUGUCAAAGAACUACGCACAUUCAAAGAACGCAAUUAAAGCGAAUCGUUACUUCAUGGAUUUCUUUGUAGGCGAAUGCAGACGGAAUCUGCAUUCGUUCGCGAACGCUAAUGAAGAGAAUAAUUACGUCAUUUACAACUACGAGCCACAUUUCACUGGUAUUUUAGGAAGUAUGUACCACCAAUGUUAUUUCUUUGAACCGAGAGGAAAUGUUAUAACAAAAUAA